AUGGCCGACCGUACACCAGAGUCUCCGACCCAUAAUGGAAACGAGGUCGCUGAGGCACCCGCCGUGAUCAAGAGUGUUGACAUGUCCGAGGACAUGCAAAAGGUCGCGGUCAAGGUCGCCGCCGAAGCACUCGCGAAAUACACUGUCGAGAAGGACGCCGCCAUGAUCAUCAAGAAGGAGUUUGACCGGCUGUACAGCACCACCUGGCACUGUGUUGUUGGCAAGCACUUCGGCAGCUUCGUCACUCACGAAACCAAGAACUUCAUCUACUUCUACCUCGGCCCCAUCGCCAUCCUGCUCUGGAAGACGUCUUAG